AUGGGAAUUCAAAAGAAAGGUGGCCGAUCGGCAAUGAUGGAAGAAGACGACUACGGGAACCAGACGAUGAUCGCCGUGCGGGACAAAGGAAAGCACAGGAAGUGCAAAAGGCAGCACUCCCAUUGGGCAAGAUUUCGGCGCAGAGUGGACUCGCAAUCCAGCAACACUGAACCGACAUCUUCCUCUGCACAGGCAGAGGAAAGUGAGUAUUCGGAAGAAGUUAGCCUUAAAUUAGACGGUUCUUGCGUCUCCUCGUCCAGCAGCUCCCGAGACGCCGGCAAUGACGCCAACCAGUCCACCUACGCCAAUCUUGGCGGCCAACGCGAUGCCGACUCGAACAAGUCUCCUGCACCCUGUGUUAGUCCCAGUGACUCAGGAGUCAUACUAAGGACCGCGACCAAGUCUGGCCCAAACGAACAGCUGAAUGAGGGUCGAACAUCGAAGGAAUUUCAUCGAAGAUCGCGUCCAGAAAGCACUGCAACUCUAAAAGCGGAGUCCAAGACUUCCAAACAGGACGCAGCACCUUCGAGUAAAAUGGAUGAUCAGAAACUUUCAAAAAAGUUAAAAUCCCUUGGUAAAGUGCUAUUGUAA